UCCCUCAGGCUCCGUCACGCAACCUCCUCCUCCUACCAAACGUGAUGCCCGUCGGUGGAUCCGCCACCAGACCUCAUCCUCAUCAGAACCCAUCGCUCAGUCCAGCAGACAGAACAGUUCGGAUCCACCCGCUAUGAGAAUCCGCGGCACCGAGCAGCAGUGAACGGAGUCGCCACCGCGUCGACGCGUCGAGGAUGAACGGCUCUGCGGCGGUCACGGGAGGGCCGGCUUCCUGCCGCUUCGCCCACUAUUUUGUUGUUUGUGGAGUGGACACGGAGACGGGCCUGGAACCGGACGACGGAGCGGGGGAGAGUUUUGAGCAGAGUCCAAUUCGACGCUCCUUCAAGUCAAAAGUUCUGGUGCACCACCCUGAGAGCACGGACAGACACCCCUUCAACAAAGAUGCCAUUAACAUGCUGUGUAUGCCCAGAGGUCUGUCCUUCUGCACCCAAGCAGAACGCCUUGAUCCUCGCUUUCACUCCUUCACAAUUGCUUUUGAUGAUGGCACACGCUCCUACGGGUUUGUUCAUACCUUCUACGAGGAGGUGACCAGUCCCCAGAUUAUCACCGCCAUGCAGACACUCUGUCAAAUGCACCAUGUGGAGCACCACUCCUCUUCCUCACCCUCCUCCUCCUCAUCUUCUUCGGCCUCCUCACCCUCCACCUGCAGCAUGGACUCUCUUGCGAGCAGCUUGGAAGAGUCGGAUGCUGAGUCCCUGCCUGGCGCUCCUGGCUGCCUGGGCUGUGUGGGUACCUUUGAUCCCACGCGUGACACCCUGUACGUCUCCAAAGCCCUUUGCCUCAUCACGCCCCUCCCCUUUCUGCAAGCUUCACAGCGGUUUCUGGCUCAGCUGCACCAGGCUGUGACUUCACAGACAGCUCCACCCCUCCCUCUGGAGAGCUACAUCCACAAUAUUCUCUAUGAGGUACCCCUACCUCCACCUGGACGGUCACUGAGGUUUCACGGGGUGCAGGGGCCCAUUGUGUGCCAACGCCCAGGGCCAGGAGAACUUCCUCUGGCAGACUAUCCUCUUGGAGAGGCUUUCUCCCUGUUGGGUGUGGAGAACAUGGUCAAGCUGCUGACCUGUGUACUUCUGGAGACACAAGUCCUGCUCUGCUCUCAAGACUACCAGCGGUUAAUGACGGUGGCAGAGGGCAUCACAACUUUGCUGUUCCCCUUCCAGUGGCAGCACAUUUAUCUGCCCAUCAUUUCUGGGCCGCUGCACCACCUCCUGCAUGCUCCCGUUCCUUUCCUGAUGGGCAUCCAGCGCAAAGAUGGAGCCCAGCGAUCGUCCCUCCACCUUCCACACGAGGCUAACCUCUGCUUUGUGGACAUUGACAAACACUGUGUUGAAUACCCAGAAGAUAUUCCACAGUUUCCGGAUCAAACCGAGCUAAUCCAGGAAUUAAAUGAGGUACUGUUGCGGUUUGAACACCCAGCACAGGUAGGACUGACCACAAAACCCAGCGCGAGCCCGGACCCUAACUCUCCGCGCCUGAGCAGCCUGGUUCUAGAGGAUCUGAUGGAGGACAGGCAGAACGGAAACCUUGGAGGUGAGGAGCUAGAAGUGUUGGAGAGACUGCAGGCUCUGGCGAGGAGAUGUGGGGGUGAAAAGGGGUCGGAAGGAGGAAAGACACUGGGACUUGCGUUUGAGGAAGAGGAGGAAGAGCUGAAGGCUGCAAAGCUGAACGUUCAGCUGAGGGAGGUGUUUGCUGCUCGUUUUACUGCCAUGUUUGGCAGGUAUGAGGAGUUUGUCAUCCAUGGUGCUCUGGAUUUGGAAUCCUGGUUGAACAACCGAGAGGGCACCUUCAGCUUUGACAAGGGUUCCUUCCUUGCAGUUCAGCCAGCAGCCCACCGGAAUUUCUUAUCUCGGUUCCUCGAGACAUCCAUGUUUUCUUCCUUUGUGGAUGGGAAAGUAAUAUCUUGUUGGGCAGACAGGGAGCCCUUACAACAGCUGUUCGACAGCCGUUUGCAGCGGGGGCGGCUCCACGAGACAAAGGAUGAGGAUUCCCUCAGCCGUCUUUACGGGAAGUGUGGCACGCUCCUUCAGUCAGCUCAGGCUGUUGAGCGCAGGCUGCUCAAAGUGGAUCACAUGGCCAUCCACCCCCAUCUGCUGGACAUGAGGAUUGGCCAGGGUCGCCAUCAUCCAGGCUACUUUCCUAAGCUGCAGGCUGAUGUGCUCGAACAAGCGCAGAAUACUACUAAGCGGUCCAGUCGUGUGACUGUGUCCCGCAGGUCAGAAUCCAGAAAACCAGCAGCUGCAGAUCAUUCAGGAGCGGACAAUGAACAAAGACAGAAACACAUAUUUCUGAGGAGAAACCUUCACCAGUCUAGACUGCUUGACCCAUCGCCUCAAGCCGUCACUCACACUCACCGUGAAUUUGUUGAUGGGCUGCUAAAUGAGUGCCGUCUGAAGACCAAGCGCAUGCUGAUGGAGAGGAUGGAGAAGGAGAACGUGGAACUAGGUCACGGAGGAGCCAGCAUCAGUGGCCUGCAGGAAAACACGCUCAUCUAUGGUCUGUGUGAUCUGCUGGAGAGAACCUGGGGCCACGGUCUGCAGAUGAAGCAGGGGAAGUCUGCGCUUUGGUCCCAUCUGGUUCACCACCAGGCUGCCCAGGGGAAGAUGGAGGCACCGGCUGAAUCUCCAGGAUAUAACGGAACAGACCAGAGGACUUUUCAUGAUGGCACAGUAUUGCUGAGAGGCUCACUAUUGCAGGACAUAAGGUUUGUCCAGACUAUGAGUGACGGCCUGUCUGAGGUGGCUCAGGCCAGAGCUUGGAUCCAUCUUGCUCUGGAGAAGAAAAUGCUGUCUCAACAUCUCAAGGAGCUGCUGGCGCAUCAGGAGCUGCUUAGACAGCUGUACAAACCGCAUGCGUUCCUUCUCUGUGAAGAAGAAAGGGAGCAGUUUUUGUUCCACCUGCUUUCCCUGAACACCGUGGACUACCUCUGUUUUACGCGCGUCUUCACCUCCAUCUGUAUUCAAUAUCGGGUCGUUAUAAUACCUAUGAAGAAGCUCAGCAUUGCUAUGGCAACAGUUAGCCCCUGGGUGUGUGUGUCAGGAGAGCUUGGUGAUUCAGGAGUUAUACAGAUCCCAAAGAAUACACAGGAAAUCUUCUUCCAGUGUAAGAACUUGGGGAGACUGAGCACCCUGCAGCUGGGGGUGCAGGAAACCACUGGCCUGCUGGCCAAGUGUCUGGUAGACUCUGUGAUGGUGUACAAUGAGAUCACCGGACACACCUACAGGUUCCCAUGCGGGAGAUGGUUGGGGAAAGGCGUUGGUGAUGGGAGCUUGGAAAGGGUUCUCGUUGGCCAGCUGGUGUCACCUGGAGUGGAGGAGGAUGCUGGGAGGUGGACAGGGACGCCUCCAGAGCUCGCUUCUCCAUCCCAGAGCGUCCGAGCAGUGCUCGGCUCGCUUGGCAGCCGAAGCAGAAUGGACUCUCUGGAAGUGCAGGAGGACAUGAGGGAGGCAGCUAACAACCUUGUCAAGCAUUUUCAUAAACCAGAACAAGAGAGGGGAAACUUGACAGUCUUGUUAUGUGGUGAAGGGGGGCUGGUGCUUGCUUUGGAGAAGUUUCUUCUUCACGGGUUUAAGUCAGGCCGUCUUUUCCAGAGGAACGUGUUUGUUUGGGACUUUGUAGAAAAAGCUGUUGUUUCCAUGGAGACGGCCGAUCAGAUGGGUGAUCUCCACGGAUCAACGCUGACAAAGGGACCACCCUGUGACUCACUGUGUCACUACAUCAAUGCCAUCAAUGGCUCACCCAGAAACAUUGGGAAAGAGGGGAAGUUCCAGCUGUUCGUCUGCCUUGGAAUCAGGGACCGGCUUCUCUCCCAGUGGCUCCCCCUGCUGGCAGAGUGUUCCCUAACUGCUCGGACCUACGAGGACGGUGCUCUGCUGCGGGACCGUGCGGCCGUGCACUCGCUGUGCCGUAUUCUGCAAACACUACAUGAGUUCAGCAUCACUCUUGAGGCAGCUUUGAUUAAAGGGGUUGACCUCUGACCUCCACGCAUUUUUUGCUCUGAAACUAAAUAUAGGCACAAUGAUGAGUUCAGAUGUUUAUUUAUCCAUCUUUGGAGGGGGGGGUGCAUUCUAACACUUUCAAGGCGUGACUUUGUCAUCAAAACAGGCAGUGAACCAGCUGAAGACACUGGCUGCUCUUGCACCAAACAUAUAUUGCCUUGUUAACUGAUGUAUAAUGUCUUACACGCUUGUAUUUGCAUCAGGAAGUAGUCCUGUGCUUGUUUACACUGUGAAAUUCCAUUUCCUCGAGGAGAAAUACAGUCAUUAAUGAACUCAAAACCUACAAAAAUAUAUUUCCUUCCUGUAUCUGACCAUAAAACAGCUGUUAACUGUCCUUUUACUGUUGUACUUGACUUGCUUGCGUUUAAAUUUUACUCAUGCAUGGCCAGAAUCUUUGUUUCGUGUCUUUAGAUAUUGUGAUCUAAAACAUCAUAACUCAGGCCUUUGACCUUUCGUUAUGUAUCUUUGUAGAGCUGCUGAAAAAAAUAGGUGCAUCAAUUAUAUUAUUUAACAAAAUUGAAAGAAAAACAGCUCUUCUACUGUGUAUUAUCUGGCCUGGAUUUCAUUGUUUUUUUAAGUUUGUGACACGUGGUGCUCAGUUUGGCUCAUGAAAUCUUCAGUUGGAGAGACACUGGAACCAAAAGGGUGUCCUAGUUGUGUUAAUUUAAAUAGUGUUUGUCAUUUUGUCAACCCCCACCCCAUUGUAAAUACAUUUGCUUCUUCAAGUCCAUUCUACCAGAGAUGGCACCCAUUGCUAUUAUUAUUAUGGCGUAAUGUCAUUUUCUUUGUGCAACGGCUUCUUUAUGUGUGUAACUGAUUACAGCUACACUCUUAUGUGGAUGGUAGACAUGCUGAUCUGUUUAUAUGUGUUUGCAAAAGUCACAUAGCUGAAAAGAGCACAGGUUUGUAAAAAAUGUUAAGUAUUAUGUUUAUGUCACGAGCAAUUUUACAGAUAAACAGAAAAUUGUGUCCUCUGCACUAUCCUGCAAGCAUUAUAUAACCCGGUCUGUCCAAGUUUAAGUUGUUUAAAAUACCCCUUAGAGAGAGCAAUAAUUAUUUAUGAUGUGUGCUGUUGAAAAUUAAAGUUUACUGACAAAAAUAA